UUUACGACAGUCGACAGCCGGUACUAAGCGGGGUUCCUUCCUUCCUCCCGUGUGUGUGUGUGUGUGUUGUUUGCACCAGUUUUUCUGUUUUUGUUUGACGCUGAUGGCGUUGGUAGGUCGUCAGAUUUGGCACCUCUGACAUGUCUACAAGCAAAACGACAACAACGAUAUCAAGAAACUACACCAGCAGUGAUAUCGAGAAGGACUACCCUCUACACUGGCUCGUCUGGACCAAUAACUACCAGGAGCUAGAAAAGGAGCUAAGUAAAAGUACGUGCAAUUUAGAAUCAUUAUGUCCAAGAGGUCGAACUCCCCUUCAUUUGGCAGUCACUUUGGGUCACCUCGAAAGCGCUAAGAUUCUUAUGCAGCAUGGUGCCAACGCAAAUGCCGAGAAUGGAGCAUUCUGGUCAGUUCUUCAUGAAGCAACUGGCACAGGGGACCCGGAAUUGGUACAGUUAGCUCUGAAAUACAGAGACUAUCAGCGCUACAGUAAACGGUCGGCUGGAAUACCGGACUUACUGCAGAAGCUAAAAGAAUCCCCUGACUUCUAUGUUGAAAUGAAAUGGGAAUUUACAAGCUGGGUUCCGCUGGUAUCUAGAGUGUGUCCAAGUGAUGUAUACAGAGUUUGGAAAAGUGGCUCCAAUGUACGUAUUGACACAACACUGCUGGGCUUUGACAGUAUGAAAUGGCAGAGAGGCAGCAGAAGUUAUAUUUUUAAAGGCAGAUGUCAAACUGCAACAGUGAUGGAAGUUGAUCAUGACAACCAGGAAGUCUAUUCAGAAACCAUACAAAUUCAGCAGAUGCCACUCAUGUCCUCCAUCCUUGAGCCGACUGCAGAGGAAGUUGCCGCUCGACUUACCUCUCCCAUCAUGACCACUUUUAUAGACACCGAUAAAAUAGCUUUUGAAAGGAACAAGUCAGGUAUAUGGGGUUGGCGAAGUGAUAGAUCUGAGGUUAUCAACGGAUACGAAAGCAAGGUUUUCAGUGCCUCUAACGUGGAAUUGAUAACAAAGACUAGAACAGAACAUAUGACCGAAGACGACAAGGAACGCUGUAAGAAAGUGAACAAGACUCCUUUAGUGUCCUUCCUAGGGGUCGCUGAAGAAGAAAACAAAGCCCAGGGAGCCACCAACGGUCCAGACAUCCAGACCCUGUCUUACAAUCCAUCAUCAAUCAAACCGGAAGAAUACUUCGACGAAGAAUGCAACCUUGGCGACCGUGACAUCGGACGUCCAAUCGAGCAGAGUAGCAAAGCACAGCGUUUCAAAGCCACCUUGUGGUUGUGUGAGGACUACCCCUUGUCUCUACCAGAGCAAGUUGUACCCAUCAUUGACCUCAUGGCUGCCAGCAAUGCUCACUUCAAGAAGUUACGGGAUUUUGUCACAUUGCAGUUGCCAGCAGGAUUCCCAGUGAAAAUUGAAAUUCCUUUGUUCCAUGUCCUUAAUGCAAGAAUCACUUUUGGAAACAUCUUUGGAGUCGAGAGCCCAGUUGGAGGUGUCACAUGUAUUCAAGACGAGAAAAUGUCCUGCUCCAUCGAUGAUUCUGUAUUUGACUUGCCGGCCAACUACAGCCGAGGUGGUGAUGCCAACCAUGAGCGCUUGACCCUGCGUUCCGAUGAUGAAGAAUUGCUCCAAUAUGCCAUCCAACAGAGUAUGAUUGAAGUCGGCACGGAAAACGACCAGGUAAAUUGCCCGAUUGAAUCUCCUGCUGAUCCUUAUGUCACAUUCUGGGAAGCCCUCAACAAGAGUCGGCCUUCUACCAAUAAUUCAAGCAUGGAAGAAGAACGCUGGCUACAGAGAGCCAUUGCCGAAAGUAUCCGUUUGGCAAAUCUCGAAGUUGACGGCGGAAUCAUCCGGACAAACUGCCCCGAGCCGUUGCCAUCGUCCACGCCGACAGUAACGCCCCUGGUGACUCCCAGCUCCGACGAAGAUGACCAACUGAGGAUAGCCAUGGAAAUGUCACAGAAGCAACAGCAGGAGGAUGAGGUUCGACGGAAAGCCGAGGAAGAGGUGCGGCAGAAAGCCGAGAAGGAAGAGCUUGAUCGCAUCCUGCAGCUAUCACUAACCGAGAAAUAAACCAGCUCAGCAUCACUAUCA